GGUAACUUUCUUACCAUAGCCUUCCGCCGCGCGACCUAGUGCGCGUAGUACGCUGGCGAUUUUUUGGAUGAGUCCCUCCAUCGCCAUUUUGGAUACCCAGCUCCAUUUUCACUCCGUUGUCACCUUCAUUCGGAGGAGACGCCGACGAUUGUAAUCCGCCGCGGUUAAAACAACGCCAGGUCCCUCAAAGGCGUUUGAAAUCGGACACCGCUGGCGUUUGAGGCCCUCUCGGCUCACUCGUGUCCCCGCGGAGGGAUACGUUGUUGCGUCUGACAAUGUGGACGGAGGAGGUGAAGAUGUCUACGAGAAGAAUGAAAUUAUCUCCUCACUUGUAACAACAAAAAAGCAGGGGAGGAAGACGCCGCGAGAUUAGCGAGCAGGAUAGAUUCGUUCGCCCACGGACGCGACACACUGGCGUAAACAGUGUUAGACGCGGGUAGUUGAAGGGAGCGAGCUUCCCGGGACAAAGAGAGUGGGGGGAAAAAGACGCUCCAAUGCGUCUCCUCAUGCGCUGAAAUUCUCCUCAACUUUUAUGUUUUUUUACCCCCCCUUCGCCUUCUUUUCUUCAUCGCAAUUGGAUAAGCACACCUUCACCGAGGAGAGGGUUUGUUAGAGACGGAAGGUUAUGAACGAGCAGCAGCAAAGAAUGGCUGCAGUGGGAACUGACAAGGAACUCAGCGACCUCCUGGAUUUCAGCGCGAUGUUCGCGCCUCCAGUAGCCAACGGCAAGAACAGAACAAUGACCCUCGCCAGCAGUCAGUUCAGCGGCUCAGCACUUGACGAGCGCAGCAGCUCUGGUUCCUGGGGUUCGGCAGAACAGAAUAGUCCUUCCUUCAGCCAAGGACGGGGCUACGGAGAAGGAGCCCACUACAGUGAACAUGAAAGCUUGUCCUCUCCUUUCAUAAGUUCAGGGAUUGCAGGUAAAAAUGAGAGGCCAUCGUACCCUGCAUUUACAAAUCAGCCUGGUUUUCUUCCCAGUGACAUUGCAAUGCCUAGUCCGGAUGCAAUGUCUCCUUCUGGCCUCAAGUCAGGCUCCCAGUUUUAUCCGUCCUACCCAAACAAUCCCCGAAGGAGGCCACCUGAAGGAGGUUUGGACUCCCAGCCAAAGAAGAUCCGGAAACCCCCUGGCCUUCCUUCUUCGGUAUAUGCGUCUACAUCCAGUGAUGAAUAUGCCAGGGACAAUGGCGGCUAUCCUGGCGCUAAGCCUGGCGCUGUAUAUCCAGGCUCUUUCUACAUGCAAGACGACCCCUGGUCAUCUUCUGGCUACUCAGCCAUGCUGGGUAACUCUCCUCACAUUGGACCACCAGGCUCCUUCUCAUCACUGAACCCUCAAGACAGAAUGAACUAUCCACUGCACGGCAGCGAAGUCAACGGCUUCCACGCCGCCCCCACCACCUACAACCACACGCCCGCCAUUAAUGGAGAGGCCAUCAUGACAGGCAACAGGGCCACCACAGCUGGCAGUUCUGGAGACGAAAUCGGCAAGGCUCUUGCUUCGAUUUAUCCAUCGGACCACAAUAGUAAUAACUUCUCUUCAGCUCCGUCAACUCCAGGGUCUCCUCAGGGUAUUACAGGAGCUCAGUCUCAGUGGCAAAGACCAACCACACCCAGUUUUGAAGGGCAACCUCAUUCACUGCAGAGUAAAAUGGAGGACCGUUUGGAGGAGGCAAUCCAUGUGCUGCGGAACCACGCUGUUGGCCAAGGCCCCGGCUUAGACGGUGCCCACUCCGACAUGCACAGCCUGCUGUCCGCGGUCCACAACGGGGGCCUUGGAGGCCUCUCUCCAGCUUUCCCUAACGCAAGUCUUGCUCUCAGCAACAGACAUCCUGCUAUGGGUGGGAAACAUGAGGAGCCCUCUGGCCUCCCUCCCAGCAGUACACUUCUGCACGGUCAUCACGCGUCCGGGUCCACGCCGUCCGCUGGCCCGCCUGAAGGCUUCACCAGUCUAUCGAGCGGCAUGACGCGCUCCUCACACUCUUCCAGCAGCUCGGACAUCAAAAGAGAAGACAAAGAGGACGACGACAACUCAUCUAUUGCAGACAAAUCUGAAGAGGAAAAGAAGGAUUCCAAAGCGGCGCGCAGUCGAUCAAGAAAGGAGGCGUUGACCCUCCAGAUUCUCUCUAGCCUUUCAGACCAGAAAGAUGACUUCAUCACAGCUUCUCCCUCCAGCCAAGACAAUGAGGAUGAUGAAGACCUCCCACCCGAAGUGAAGAUGGAGAGGGAGCGGGAACGGCGAGUGGCGAACAACGCCCGCGAGCGCCUGCGGGUACGGGACAUUAACGAGGCAUUCAAGGAGUUAGGAAGGAUGUGUCAGCUGCACCUCAGCCAUGACAAACCUCAGACCAAACUUCUCAUCCUGCACCAAGCCGUCAACGUCAUCCUCAAUUUAGAACAACAAGUCAGAGAGCGCAACCUGAACCCCAAGGCGGCAUGUUUAAAGCGUCGCGAAGAGGAGAAAGUGUCUGGAGUGGUGGGUGAUGCACCCAUGCAGCUCUCAGGAGGUCACCCUAGUAUUGGAGGAGAUGGCCACAAUCCAGUUGGCCACAUGUAACACCAGAUGCUUUGGUGUUUCCUUGGCUCCCAGUGGAUGUGGCCUUAACAGAUUUCUUCCACCACCCAUUAACUCGAUGUGUGUGUGUGUCAUUUAUAUACAUACAUAUAUAUAUGUGUAUAUAUAGACACACACACUCACACACACGUGGACAUAACUGUGUGGUGUCCAUUUAACUUUCACGAUGUACACACACACACAUGCAUACUGCCAAAAUGGACACAGCCUGUCACACUCCCAACCAAGACGACAAGCUCAAAUGUGAAGAACUGUUGGGGUUUGUUUUUUUGGAUUUAUUUUAUACAUGUACAAAAAAACCUUUUUGGACAUUUUGAUUUCCACAAUAUGUUUCAUCACCAGAGAGAGAUAUUUUUUUCUUCUCUGUCCUGCCACAAAUUGGGACUUUUGACACACUGCCGAGAGGUGCUCUGGUGAACGCAAAAGAAGAAAACACAAAUUGAAUCAAGAAUUUGUGCCUCAUUGUUACAUGUUUUCUAUUUGACAUUGAAGCAAAUUGCUUUACAUGUUAAGGAACAUUAAUUAUGGAGGGAUUGCUUAUGUGUAUGAGCAAGUAUUUUUAAUGUAUGUCAUUCCCAGUGUGAUGGUACAGUCUUACAUAUGUUAUGUAACCAAGCCCAUAGUUGAAUUGCCUAAAUUCGUUUUUUGUUUUUUUUAUAAAUCAGCAAUUGUUUUUGGGGGGACACAAAAUGAAAGGUGGACAUUUUUCUUAAAAGAUGAGAGCUGGAGAUGCUGGACAACCUAAGAAUUAAGGACUCUUAAUUCCUGGAAGCUUAUGGCUGAUCUUUCUCGUUUUUUGUUUUGUUUUUUGUUAACAAAUCCAAGUGUUCGGUCUUUGCUACAAAAAUGUAUGCUGACAAGACAAAGCACAGCUGUGUAAGGUUGCAAGUUGGGUGUUGAAGGUCGAAAAAAAUGAAGCCAUUUGCUCAUAAAGAGACCAGCGCUUCUCUGCCAGCAGACUUGAGGGCUCCGGUUUAUUUGCUUCCCUCCAAUUCUUACAAAACGUCCUUUUCCACUGCAUUCUUUUCUGAAAACAAAGCAUUCCCAUUGAAUUAGCCCCCCCCCCCCUCGCCUUCCUCCUCAUCUUCUUAGCAGAAGUGUUGACUUGUAAAUUCACUCCAUACAUUACUCUUGAUAUGUUUCAUUUUUCAAAAUUUAAAUAUAUAUAAAAUAUCUAUUUUUUGUUAGCCUAUACAUUGUAGAUUUUUUUUACAUAAAUGGCAAUAUUAGUUUGAAGUUUAGAGUGUAUUGUAGAUGAACUUUACAAGGGGAUGUUUGACAUUUACAUGUUGGGGCGGGGGAGUAAAGAGGCGAUUUGAUUAAAUGUUAAAGAGGAGACGUUAUUUCCACUUAGAAGUUGAUGUCAGCUACCCGGAAGAAUUUUUACGUUACAUGUUUUGGGGCGCACAAAUGUGGAGCGGAUGGUUUGGGUUUGUCUUUGGAACAGUAAUUAUGCAACUGUUUGUUUUGAAUGUAUCCGCCAUACUUCAUGUGGAUCGCCUUCAUUUCGUCAAGUUUUCCCCUCCCUGUCCACUUUGUACUUUUCGUUUCUCUUUCCACGUCUGAUUGGAGGCAGACAAUUUGGGGCAAGGUUGAUGGCUAAAACCAGGAGAACAAACCAGUGUUAUUGUGAUGUCAUUCCCAUGUCAUGUUGUGAAUGUCUCCUACCAACAUGUAAUCACAAAUGGGAGGUAGAACAUUUUGCGUGUUUUUGUUUUUAUUUUAUAUAUAAAUAUAUAUAAAUAUAUAUACAAGAAGCGACGAUGAAGACGACCUAUACAAAUCAACAGUGUGGCCUUUUCAUCCUCAAGACUUAAACGAUGUCAUGACGGGAGAGUGAUACCUUACCAGUGCCUGAACUUAUGUAUUUUUUCGUUUAAGACCGUUUUGUUUUUUUUGUCAACCAUAUCAUUUCAUUUAUCAUGGAGAUUAAAAAAAAGAGGUACUUGUUCAUUCCCCCACCCUCCCUGUUCCUAAAUGCUUUUUUCAAUUUUUCAGGAAAAAGUUUAAAUCGUAUAAAGAGAUUUUUUUCUUUCACUGUAUCUAGUUAAAACAAACAAAAAAAAUAAAUAAAUGUUACGUAGAUCUCGUUUAGAUUUAUUGCUUUUGUUUUCUUAUGAUUAUUCGACUGGAUUAUAUUUGUCCUAACUGCUGUUUCAUGGGUCCAAGUCUUUCUUUCUAGCGAUGCUUGCUUUUUGGCUCUGGAAGAUUGUUUUAAGUAGUUAGCGAAGCAUUUUCUGUAUUUUUUGUGUGCACGCCAUCUUCUGCCCUGCCUCAAUGACUGUUUCACUUCUUUCCCAUUUUUUUUGUUGCAAUUGAACAUCUCAUUUGAAUUGAAAAUGGCUUGACCUUUUGAUUUCUAAACGGCUCCCAAUUUACUCUAGAUUUAAAAAAAAAAAAAUGUCAACAGGCUUGGGCUACUUUUGGCAUAUGAUGUUACUUUAAGUUCAGAUACUUUCCCAUAUUUUGAUCACAAAAAGUUGGUAAAAAAUUAAAUGACAUUGCAUUCAUAAGACAAAGCUAUCUUUGUGUGGAUUGACUCCGGCAGGGCCCCCUCAGAGUGCCUCUCUCGAAAUAUCUAUAAAUAUAUAAAUAUAGUUGACAUCUGUCCUGUAUAUAACAGUAAUGUAGCAAUAAAUGUUCAAUUUUUAAUAACAGAUUAUACCUUUUUUCCUAUGUCUUGUUUUUUUGGGGGGGGGGAUUAUGUACAUUGAAAGGACAA